ACCGUUCCACCUGUUUCCGUGAUCUCGUGGUUCCAGCGUGAAGCCGCUUCAGGCCAGGUGGUGGCGCUAAUUCUGAAAGCAUAACUUUCUCCAACUGCACUAAAGCGGAGAAGCAGAAGAUUGUGUUGUGGUCAGUAGACCACGCCUCCGCGCUCAUAUACCGAGGAAUACUGAAGAACAGAAACAGAAGAGCUGAACUGUUGAGGAAACGAACGAUGUCCUGUUUCAAGUCUUCUCCUGCACUUUCCUACCCAGCUUAAAUGUGCUUUCAUAAACACAUCAGGACAUUCCACUAAGAGGAAUGUUUAGCUGCCGAAACAGGUGAUAUAAAUGAACAUGGCGUCCAGAGGAUGUUUUGGUACUCAGCAAACAUCAUCAGGUACCCUCCACAUGAACACAUCACAUAGACAAACACAGAAACGCAGCAAGGAGAGAACUCACUAUUGCUUAGAGUGUGGAAAGAGUUUUACUCAACAGUCUCAUCUCAAAAUACACCAGCGCUUUCACACCGGAGAGAGGCCUUAUCACUGCUCAGUGUGUGGGAAGAGUUUUACUGUACAGAGUCAUCUCCAACAACACCACCGCAUUCACACAGGAGAGAAGCCGUAUCACUGCUUAGAGUGUGGGAAGAGUUUUAAUCGUCAGAGUAAUCUCCAAGAACACCAGCGCAUUCACGCAGGGGAGAAGCCAUAUCAGUGCUUUGAGUGUGGAAAGAGUUUUAAUCGUCACAGUCAUCUCCAAAAACACCAGCGCAUUCACACAGGAGAGAAGCCGUAUCACUGUUCAGAGUGUGGGAAGAGUUUUAGUCAUCAGAGUCAUCUCAAACAACACCAGCGCAUUCACACAGGAGAGAAGCCGUAUCACUGUUCAGUGUGUGGGAAGAGUUUUAAUCAACAGGGUCAUCUCCAGGAACACCAGCGCAUUCACACAGGAGAGAAGCCGUAUUACUGCUCAGAGUGUGGGAAGAGUUUUAAUCGACAAAGUAGUUUUCAAGAACACCAGCGCAUCCACACAGGAGAGAAGCCUUAUUACUGCUCAGAGUGUGGGAAGAGUUUCAGGCAUUCAAGAACUAUGGCAAAACACAAGUGCACUAAGAGCAUGGUGGAACUGGGCAGUAAUGAGUGUAAGCUUAACACAUUCCAGGAGUAAAGGUCUCCAGAGAAUGGUGCUUCCAGCCCAGAUUUCAAAUUGUUUUUAGAGGAACACCACAUGUUGUUUAACCCUAUUUCUAAAACAUAAGCAUAAAUAUUAUAGCGUCGUCCAUGGGCUCUGUCUUUCAAAGGAAGCUCAAAGGGCGUGGCAUGCAAUAUAACACCUGCACAUGCCCCUCCUCUUGUUGUUGUUGUUAUUAAUGUUGUUUGUUAGUUGAUGUGUUCAUGUAUUGUCUGUGUUUCAUUGUGUUCUGUUGUGGGUUACUUAGUGUGAUUCAGUGUUCACCAUCAGUGAGUGUUGUAUGGCUGUUGUUGAACUUCCCUGCUAUUUUCCCUGUGAGUGUACAGCUCUGCUAGAAAUCUAAAAGAGCAUAGUUUCCUCUGUUAGAGUUAAAAGCAGUUUUCCUCUCUUGUAUUCUGUGUGCCAAGAAUAAAGCUUUGGUAUGUAUAUGAGCUUAGAGUUGUCUAAGCUUCAUCUGUGCACGCCCUCGCUACAAUGUCAUUUACUGUGGUGAACACCAAGUCAAGCUGACAGCUCAUACACCCAUACAGGUGUAUACAGCUCAUACAGGUGUGGUACAUCAGAUUCCCUCAAAAUUAAUUUAAUUUGUACUAUAUGUUGAGAACCAUCAAAAAGCUCAACAUUCACCAGUAAUGUGCUGUUUUACUUUCAAAGUUAGUAUAUCUAAUCUACUAUCAUGUUUCUGUUGCAGUGAUAGAUGUUUUGACAAACACAGAAUCCUUCGUUUUCUCCUUUGAGUCCUACGCAUUAAUUAGUUAAUGUUUGUUGCAAUGAAAGUGCCACUUUGUCUUCCUUUUUAACCUUUAGAUGUUUUCUGUAUGCUUGGAGUGUUCUUGUUGAGGACUGCUACAAAGGAGAUAUGACUGAAGACUGCAACAGUGAAGUUUUUGCUGUGCUGGGCAAAACUGAACAGCUUUGUAAAAGAGACAGUAGUAUGAAGGACUACAAGACAAGCUCAGAGGUGUACUGAUGACCUCUCCUCAGUAUGGUGUAUGCAUGCCCGUUAUAUGAGGGCUUAAAGUUGCAUACAGGCCAGACUACAACACUUCCAUGAAUUUUCUGUUACUGUUUUCAGAGAUGUUAAGGAAUUAUGUUGAUGUCCUUUGUGAUGCUUGGAAAGUGAUUGUUCCUUGAGAAGUGUGCUGUGACAUGAGAAGGAGAUUUAUGCCCAUCUUCCCUCUAUCCCACCAGACAUGGCAGCAGCCAAUAGUACAGGAGUUGGAAGUUAUAAGAGUUUUGAUUUGUAAUGUUGAUUUAACAUGUGCAUGCAAUUCUAUAUGUAGAUGUCUAAUAAACAUAUAAUGUGCAUAAAGUUGA